AUGAGCGGCGCCACGUACGACAGCUGGGGCAGCGCCGCCGAGCGCUUCGCGGACGGCUCCAUCUGCCUGGGCAUCGACCUGGGCACGACCAACUCAUGCGUGGGAAUGUGGCACGUGGAGCGCAACCACGUCAAGAUCCUCAAGAACCGCGCGGAUCGGGGCCGCACGACGCCCUCCGUGGUGCGAUUCGAGCCAACGACGCAGCGCGCGGACGUGGGCAACGCGGCGGUGCAGCUGGAGACGCAGGAGCCCGUGGGCAACACCGUGCGCUCGGUCAAGCGCCUAAUGGGGCAGAAGUUCGAGAGCAAGGCGGCGGACGUGGCCAGGAUCUACGCGACCUACAAGGUCGUGUCCACAGCGCAGGGCAACGCGGCGGUGCAGGUGGCUCGAGGCGGCCAGAAGAAAGUGCACGUGCAGCCAGAGGAGGUCUCGGCCUGCGUGCUCGCGGAGCUCAAGGCCUCGGCUGAAGCAUACUUCGACGGGAGCGUCAAGCUUGACAACGUGGUGAUCACGGUGCCGGCGUACUUCAGUGACUCGCAGAGGAAGGCGACCAUCACUAGUGCCUCUAUGGCGGGUUUCAAGGCUGUGAGGCUGCUUAAUGAGCCCACGGCGGCCGCCAUGGCGUACGGAUUAUUCCUGUCGGGCACAAAGCUGGUGACGGUGUUUGACUUCGGAGGAGGAACGCUGGAUGUGUCGCUGCUGAGUAUCCAGGAUGGAAAGUUUGAGGUGCUGGGCAUUGGAGGAGACACGAACUUGGGCGGAGAGGAUAUCAAUAAUAUCCUGGUAGACCAUUUGCUGGAAGUGCUGUACAAGCAUCACGAUGUGGCGAGAGCUCAGGUCGGGGAAGGGGACAUGGUGAGGCUCAAGAGGGAGGUGGAGAAGGCCAAGAUUGAACUGUCGGCGGAGGAUUACGCGGAGAUUGAGCUGCAGGGCAUUGCUGGUGUGAAGACGUUCACGUACACGCUGAUGCGACGCAAGUUCGAGCAGCUCUGCGACCCGAUCUGGAAGAAGUGUCUUCGGAUUGUGACGAGUGUUUUGAAGGAGGCUGAAGUGGAGGCCGUCGACAUCGAUGAAGUGAUUCUUGUGGGCGGUUCUACUCGGAUCCCGAUUCUACGCACGAAGAUCUCUGAGGCUUUCGGUGGCAAGGAGCUCUGCAUGUCUGUCAAUGCCGACGAGGUGGUGUGCGAGGGAGCUGCUAUUCAGGCAGCCAUCUUGAGCGGCAUGGAUCAACGCGUCUUCCGUGAUGUGCUCAUGAUGGAUGCCCUCCCGCUACCCAUCGGCCUGGAGACCGCAGACGGGAGCAUGGAGGUGAUCUUGCCUAGAAAUGCACGCAUCCCGACGACAGUGACGAAGUACUUCCAGACGUUUGAGGACGAUCAGCUUGGACUGACCGUCGAGGUCUACGAAGGCGAGAAGGAAAUCGCCAAGGAGAACGACCACAUCUGCUACUUCAACUUCGCUUUGCCCCGUGACAAGAUCGGCAAAGCGGGCGAGUUCGCACACCCCGUCACUUUCACCAUGAACGCCAGCGGAAUUCUGCAGGUGCAGGCCGGAGUGCACCACGACUCAGAGGAAUCGCCGAUGCCGAAAACAGCCAUUUUCCUCAUGGCGAGUUACAUCCUCGCGCUCUUCGGCUUCUACGUGUUUUUUCGCCUCUACUUCGCCGACGAACGGGACAUCACCGCAUGA